ACACACCACUACUCCCAGUCAAUCACAACAGUCCAAUAGUAUACUAUAUAUCUAUAGUCUUGAUAAAGCUAAAUGACAUUUCAAACAUCUCGCUCACCUUCUACCCUUCUAAUCCCCUCUAAACGGCCCCUCAUAGCUCCUAAAAAACCCUCCCUGUCCAAUACUACCGCCACUUACCCGCCCAUCCAUAUCCGAUCAACAUCAACAUCAGCUUCUACUUCCACAUCAGCGGCCACUGAACCCAAAUCCAAGCCCAAAUUAAAACCUACCUCAAAGGACCAGUCUGGGGACAUCAGGGGAUCUCGACCCACGACCGCAGAGUACGAUCUCUCAUCGGGUCCGCAGCCUUUCCUGGAUCCUGGGUUGUGGGAGAAUGUGAAGGCGGUGGAUCGAAUGUGGAGGGACGAGGGAGAGGAAGGGCUGGGAGAUGCUUAUGCCAAGGAGAGGGAGGAGGAGAUGAGGAGGAAGAAGGAGAGAGAAGCGGAAUUUGGGGGAAUGGCUGUUCGAGGGAGGAUGGGAAGGUGGAGAUGAUUUUUUCUUCUUUUGACCAUUAUAUCUCAUAUUGUCUAUGCAGUGUAUUUCUGUGGGUUUAACGAAAAUAAGUUCUUGUUAUGGUAGUUAUUUGUGAUUUUAUACUUCUCAGAACGGGCAAUUUUAUAAUCUCAUUGUAUGAUACAGAGAAUAGACACAUCAAUGCGAGCUAUCAUAGCAUCCGAAGAA